AUGCCCGGCCUCGAGAUCAACAGCCACGGUAUCCCGGCCGUCGAGGCGAUCGGCGCGUACCUGCAGGAGCUGCUCGACCAUGCCGAGACCGUCAAACCGGACCGAAUGCUCGAGCCGACGCUGGCCAAGUCGGACUUUGACGACAUCUACGGCCACGUCGCGCGCAUCUUUGCCGGCUUCGACGAUCCGAAUGGCAAGAAACUGCGGCAAUAUGCGAUCGUUGAGACGGCCGCGCGCGACAUCUUUGGCGAGCUCAUUUCCUCUACGUCCAUCGACUCACCCGACUUCGUGCGUGUCUGGAACCUGUUUGACAUUCUGGCCAUUCUCGCCGACAACGUGGACUGCGACCCGCCGCUGCUGUUUUGGCUCAUCGAGGAGCUACUCGACAGCCAGACGAUAGCAGGCUGCCGCAAGGUGUUUGACUACCUUGAAUCGCGCCGCGAGCGCAUCACCGCCAAGUACUUUAACAGUACGAAGCUUGUUAUCCUGCGCAGCUGCAACGACCUCUUGCGGCGCUUAUCGCGUGCUGAUGACACGCCAUUUUGUGGCCGUGUAUUCAUUUUCCUCUUCCAGGUCUUCCCGCUGGGCGACAAGAGCUCGGUCAACCUGCGCGGCGAGUACCACGUCGAGAAUGUGACGACAUAUGACGAGACGCUGGUCACGGCCGAAGCUGAGACGCCGGCAGGAAAGACAGGCGAGGAGGACGGCGGUGCCGAGAAGAUGGAUGUCGACGAGGCGGCGAUUGCGACACCACCUGGCCCUGCCGCCGAUCAGAAACCCAGAACCGACUUUGCCGCCCUUUAUCCCGUCUUCUGGUCGCUGCAGGCCAGCUUCAGCCAGCCCAAGAAGCUGUUCGACCCUGACCACUUUAGCAAGUUCAAGGCCGGCAUGGAGGCCACUUUGGCCACUUUCCAGCAAAUCAGCAGCCAGGACAACUCGCGCAAACAGCGGCAGCUCGACGAGUCACGGCGGAGCGUCAAGCGCAAGCGGGACAAGGAGGAGAAAGAGCUCAGGGAAUUGAAAGAGGCCAAGGGGACCAGGGAAGAUACGAAGGACAUUGAAGACGAGCAGGACGAGUUGGCCGAUACGUACAAUCCCAAGUACCUCACGAGCCGGGACCUGUUUGAACUGGAGGCAAGUCAAAUCUCGGCCGUCGGCCACAUAAAAACCAGUGAUUUGACCUUCCGGCGCCAUUUCCUGUUGCAGGCGCUCAUUGUCAUGGAGUUUUUGCUGUCCCUGUCGCCCAAGGCCAAGGAGAAACUGGCAGGAACCAACGCACCCAACAAGUCCGUCACCUACUCUGACCAGACGCUCAGCAAUGAAGAUGCUGCCUGGGCCGCAAAAAUGAAGCACGACAUCACCGAUCAUAUUAAGAAUAGCAACAGUGAUGGGCCGUACUUCUUGCGAAUGGUCGACACCAUACUUGCGCGUGACAAAAACUGGGUCCGUUGGAAGAUUGAGUCGUGUCCGUCUAUCGAGCGAGCCCCCAUCUCCGCGGACGAGUUUGUUGCCGCCGAGGAGGGCGCCCAGCGUGCUUUUGGCCAGCGCCGUCGGCGCAGCACCGGCAAUAUGAACUCCUUCUCGCUUGAUUUUUUGGACGACGAGGAUCCCGAGGAGGCUCUGGCCGAGCUCAAGAAACCGGGCCGCUCCCAAUUGUCGGCCCUUGACGCCUUUGAGCGGGAGAUUGCCGACGAGGACUUUGAGAUUGAGAUGCCAGACACCGACGCAUCGAAACAGCUGGCCGAGGAGCGCAAGGCCAGCAAGACGUGGCGCGCGCUCCGGAUUGUGCGGCAGACAAACCUUUCGAUAUUUGACAAGAUUGACAAUGAUAACGACGUGCGGCUGAUCUUUAAGACGGCCGAUGGCAGUCACCUCGAGGAGGACGAAGACGAGCUGGACGCCGAGGCGGAUGGCGUGACGGGCGAUGCUGUCGACAGCGACAAGCUGCCGUCUGACAAGCAGGCCGUAGUCCUUGUUGCCGCCGCCGACGACAUCGCCGUAGCAGUCGCCAAGUUGCUGGUCGAGCAGAACCCGGGUGUCUUUGGCAUUGUUGGCCAGUACACGACGCGUCCCUCGCCAGCUGCUGCUACCGAGUCGGAAGCAGCUGCAGUCGGUGGUGCCAAGAGCUACUUCCAGCAUCUCGAAUCAAAAGCAUUCAACUUGCUUCUCGACGGCGAUGAGUUUAUCGGCUUCGGCGAGUCGGCUGGUCAUCAGUACGGCUCUCGUCGGAAGCAGAUCGACGCCGCCUGUGCUACUGGCAAGAUUCCCCUGGUACUCAUGAACUACGAGAGCGUCGAUGCUGCCCAGGGAAACGCGUUCGCUGCUCGCUACAUCUUCCUGAAGCCGACCAGCACCGAGGCUCUCGAAUCCUUACUGAAAGCGGCCGGCGCAUACGAGGCCGACGCAGACUUACAGGUCGCCCUAGCGGAGGCCAAGGAGGUUCUCGACAAGCUGGGAGGCGAAGGCCAGCCCACUUUUGCAAAGACGAUAGACGUUGAUGACGUGGCAGCUGCAGCGACGCAGCUUGGAAACUAUGUCUACGGCAGAGAAGAGGCCACGGAUACAGACCAGACGAUGGGGGGCGUGGAGGAGGCAAAGGCGGAUGCAAGCGAGGUCAACGAAGAUAAAAAAAAGCCCGCUCCGAAAGAAAGUGGCGAGACCACAAACGACGCGGCGGCCGACGAGGCCAAGCCAGCCGAGCCGAGUGCAGAAGAGGACGCCUCGAUGGCCGAUGCAGGCGACGAUGCUCCAGAGAAUGCCUUGGCAAACAAGGAGUGA